AUGCUGCUCCCACUAGCUGCGCCCGGCUGCCCGGCUGUAGCUCACAGCAGUAGAGGUGCGCAAUCUGCGACCUCUUUGGUGCCUGGCGCCUGCUGCCUAGCGCCGAGGCGCCGCGGCGUCGCGCCCGCCACGGGGCGAACCAGGGUGGUGGCCGCGAUAGAGCCGCCGACAGCAACCCUUCAGCAGCAGCCGCGCGGCGCGGCGCCGCACGACGCGGCUUUCGGCGCCGGCGCUCGGACGGUAUCCAGCAGCGAGGCGGCAGCGGCGGCGGUCUGGCAGAUCGGGCUCGGCAGCGCAACG